AUGGUAGGGCAGGGAAACAGCUGCCGAGGAAUGAAGUCUCCACCUCUUCUCGUGACUGCGCUUACGGCAUGCAUCAUUGUUUUGGGUUUAAAUUACUGGAUUGCAAGUUCUCGCAGCGUGGAUCUGCAGGGUCGGAUCAUGGAUCUGGAAGGCAAAGUCCGCAGGGCAGCAGCGGAGAGGGGUGCUGUGGAGCUCAAAAAGAAUGAAUUUCAAGGGGAACUAGAGAAACAGCGUCAGCAGAUUGACAAAAUUCAGUCUUUGCACAGCUUUCAGAUGGAAAAUGCCAACAGAGUACACCAGCAGGAGAAGGCAGUGCUGAUGAGUAACAUCACAGUAAAUGAAAAACUAAUCCAGGGUCUACGAGAACACUUGAAAGAGUUGCAGACAGAAUAUGGAAAGCUACAGCUGGAUGUUUACUGGUUUCAGAAGAACCAGACUAACCUUCAGAAGAAAUUUUCAUAUGACCUGUCACAGUGCAUCAACCAGAUGAAAGAGCUAAAGGAACAAUGUGAAGAGAGGAUAGAUGAACUUAGGAAAAAGGGUAGUGAUGUGCCCCAAAUCAAAGAAAACAAAAGUUUCUCAGAAGAUUCAAAAAAGACUAGCCAGGUCAAUACUCAACUGCCAGCUGUGAUGCAAACAGAAUUCAAGGAGGCUGAUGUGGAACAGCAGAAACCCAGUGAAGAUGUACCUAGAGCAUUACCUGCAGUAAAAAAGACAGACCCACUACAGGCUACAGAAAAAAUAAACAACCUGGCUGAUACCAGAAACCAGGAGCAUAAGGCAGAAGAGGAGGAGGUUUCUAGUCAACUGAAAAGCCAACAGGACUUACUCAAGCCUGCUGCAGUUCAUAAGGAGAUGCUGCCUGAGUCACAAAAGGAGCUGAAUCCACCUGAGUAUGAGAAACGUGUAAUUAGGCAAGAUGCUUUACAGGUGGCAGAGGGACAGGCUGCCAGUGAAGAAAUUGAGAGGGAGGACCUCCUAAAUGAUGAUGCUAAGCAGGAUGACUUGACCCCUGAAAAGGCUGAAAAACAUGAAGAUGAAGCACUGAAGGAAGACAAAGAUAUUGACUACAAUUUAGAUGAGAACGAAGCUGAAUCAGAAAUGGACAAGCAAGCAGCACUUGCAGGGAUUGAAAAUGGUAAAAAAGGAAGGAAAACAAUUUUAACCUAAGUACCAUGUGCUGAAAAAUUUCAGAUGGUAUUUGGAUGAUAUCCUGCAGCAGAUUAAGCAGCUAAUUUCCCACAUGGUGACAGUUUGACUUACUUUCCAUAAAGCACCACUGAAUCUGUUAAAUAUAGGUGGGGAGGGACAGUAUCUGUUGCUUUACUGUACAGGGAUUAGUGGUCUCAGAAUUUCUCCUACUGUAUUCUAGAUGAAGAACUGUUAGUCACUUCUGCCUCUGAAAAAGAUUUCUCUACCUUUUUCUUUUUCCAUAAUUUGCUCAAAACCCUCAAGCUGUGAAGAACCACUUACCUGAGUAUGGUGGAGAAGGACGAAAGUUGUGAGCAAAGGAGAUACAGCUUAGUCUUCUCUUCACAUCAAUGCAGUGAUGAUGACCGCAAAGUGAUCUGAAAAUGUUUUGAUUCCCCUUUUAAGGUUUCAUAGAGGUCCAAAUGAAGUAGUAUUUUCUUGUGAAGUUUUAGUACUGGUUCAGUGGUGGAAAAAAACAAAACCAAAACAAACCAAAACACCAAAAAAAACCCCACCACCACAUGAGAAAAACAAAACUUAAACUUCUGGUGGCUCAUUUUAAAGCAGCUUUACUUCUGCAACGACUCCUUCCUUCUUACCAAUUACAAAAUUAAAACCAGCUAGCAGCAAGUGUAGUAACUUUGAAGCUAGCUGACGUGUCCAGUCACACUACACCAACGGCAUGCAUGGAUUGGCGGUAGAAGAGUUCUCCACCAAGGAUGGAUCUCUCCUGAGCAAUGCGGUAGAGAAAUGCACAUCAUCUUAAGAGAAGCCAACUUAACCUUGAUGGGAGAUGGGAAAGAUGAAAAAUGUCUCAUGCUGCUGUCUACUCUUGUGCUUAUUUUGUCAAUGUAGAUGGACUCAUAAAGCAUUACUGUAGUAGUCACCUGUUACGCAGUAUGAUCUGUUUUUCUGGGCCUCAGUGAAAUUACCCCCUCUGUGACCAGUCUGAAACACUGUCCUGGUUGUGGCUGUCUUCUUUUUGCUUGUUUGUUUUGUUUUUUGUUUUUAAAAAGGGGAUUUUAGCACUAGUGUCUUACAAAGAGGUUAGCCAUGAAGAUUACUCUGCAGCCUUCACUGGACUUCUGUUCACAGUAUCAGUACUAAGGUAUGGUUCAGUUACCACUAACUUGCACAAGUUUCAGGUGUAAAAAUUCAAGCUUCUGGAAUUUUUAUGACAAAAGCCAUCUGAAAUGGUAUACUCUGACUACUUUUUAUUCCAACCAGCCUGUGUUCUGCUUAAAAACUAAAAAAAGGCAAACACUUGUCUUACAGAACAGCAAUUAUCUCAGCUGUUCAGUCUCUCACAGACUGCUGAAAAAGGUGAAAAAGCAGACCAUGCCUUUACCAGACAUCUGUCUCCCACAGGUGCAGCUGUAGUUGUUGUGAAGUCCUGCAUUAUGUAAAAUGUAUCACACUGUUGAUCUUGUGUAGUCUUUGUCUUUUCUGUAACUUGUUAAAUGCAAACUAAAACCUAGUUUACUUGCAGUAACUUGAAAGUACACUCUUAAUACUACCAUCAUGGCACCUUUAACAGCAGUCCAUCCUCCACUGUAUGUAAUCAGUUGUUUUGAAGAGUGUAUUUGUGUCAAUUCUCAAGACCAACACCUGUGUUUGAGUGUGAGCAAACCAUCAUCCAGACAGCUUGGGAACAGACACACUUCCCAGCCAGGCAUUUUAAAACAUUAAAAUGUUUAUCCAUAUUGUGAGUAAAAGGGACAUUUAUGUUUGUUAAAAAAGUAGACAGCCGAGAUGAAGUUAAUCAAGAGUUUAAUAGUGAUUGUUGAAGAACACAGAGUCAGUAUAAAAUGUAUAGCAAAACACUAUUCAAGUUGAAUGAAUGGCAUUAACUUGACACUUGUAAUACCACAAACAAAACCCCCAAACUCCUUAAGGUAGUUCCUAUGUUGCCAGAGAACUAUUUUGAAACAACUACAUUUCCCUGUGUUUCUGUACAGUAGUCAAAGCUGACUGGGCUCCUUGCUAGCUAGAUGGAUGUCAGCCUCUCCAUAAACAAGACCACCUUUAUGCAAAGCAGUUGUUAUACCUCUAACAGUAGAGGGUCUGCAAUCCUGCAGAGCAAUGUUCAAAAGCACACAGGGAUACUGUCCUACUCUCAGUGACUUCGAGUGCCAUAGGAAUGUAACUAUGGUAGUAGAUUUCUGCUAGAGAAGGGGCCUGCAGAUCCACUAAAUAUAACUUUAAUUGAAGGACUUCAGUUGAAGAGAUUUAUUUGGAACUGUAACUUACAGACUGUUGCCUCAGUAAAAUUUUCAGUUGUGUGAGGUAGGGAAAACAUCAUUGCUGUAACCAUCUCAGGAUUAAAUUAGUAUCUGUUCAUGAUAUGUGUUUUAAAAAAAAAAACUAGGCCUGGUCCACUUUAGGUAAUAACUUCAAAUAAAAAUAACCUUCUCUGCUGUGUA